UGGGUGGUGCUGAUGCUUUGAAUGCGCAUCUGAAGGGAAGGGGGGUGUUUAUUGGAAAGACUGGACCCUCUGUCUCAGCCUCCCUCUGUCUCUCUCUCUCUCUCUCUCUCUCUCUCUCUGUCUCUCCCUCCCUCAAAGCCCUCUAACUCCAGCAUCCACUGGGAGGGGAAGGAGCAAGAGGGGGAGGAGAAUAAAUGAGUUUUUACAGUUUUUGCAACCACAUGUUGCUGUGCUUGAUAGAACUGCUGCAGCAGCUCGUACCUAUGUUUCCCCUCUUUGCAUUGCACGUCUAACUAACGAUGUGGCUGCCGCAUCUGUAGCUUCUGCCACCUGUGGCAGCACCCCCAUUCCCUCUACGCCACAGAGAGAGAACAAAAAAGGGGAGCUGAGAGCAGUCGGAGAGGAGGAGGAGGAUAUCUUUCAUGACAAGUGGACUUCCGACAGAGAGAGAUCCUUGCUGCAUACACAGCUGACACAAAUGAGAGAAUCCUAAAACCAGCACAAUGCCUGGACUCAUAAACAAGGAAAACUGGAGCGCUUUGCCCCUCAGCGUCUCUGACAUCACUUCCUGUGUCAGGGGUUAUACUCUGGCUAUGACUGCCUCUAUGACCUAUGAAAACAUUGAGGAUCAUGCAAUUGAAGGGAUAUUCAUUUAUCCACUGGAGGAAAAUUCCAUUGUGGUGGGGUUCGAGUCCAUGAUAUCCAGUCAGAUUAUAACCCUGCAAAUCAAAGACAAGGCAAAAAUUGAUGACUGUUAUCUGGAUUGCUGCAACACAUCUAAUGGAGCCCUUCAGAGUGGCAGUGGGCACAUAGUGAUGGAUGAGGAUUUGGAGAGGUCAGUGUUAGUGGUUAACCUUGGGAUCAUCCCUCCUAUGGAGACGGUCCAUAUUCUGGUUAGUACCUCCUCUGAGCUCUCCACCCUGCCCAGUGGGGGCAUCAGGGUCUCGUCCCCACCAGCAUGUACACCUCGGGUACAAAGGACCAUCAACGAGGAGCAGGGACUAUCCCCAAACUUCUCCAGAAUGCGGGACAGGCAUACUUGUGCCUCAAGUCCUCAUGAUCAAACUCCCAACCCUCCUCAGCUGUGGCUGGCUUCACUGCUGGAGGAGGAGGCCAUCAAUUCAAUGGACUACGAGUUUAAUUUCCAGCUGGAGAUACGGGCUCCCUAUCUCCUGGCAGGUGUAGAGAGCCCGUCUCAUGCUAUCCGAGCCGAUGCAGACCCUCUGGCCCGCUCUGCCACCAGCGUCGUUAUCACUCUGGCAGACAAGUACACUUAUGACUGUCCUGUCAAAAUCCUCAUCUACCCCAGCGAGCCUCAUAUGCCACAUGUGCUCAUUGAGAACGGAGACAUGACACAGGAGGAGUACGAUGAGUAUCUUCACGGCCGGAGUGAUUUCGUCAAGGCCACCAAGAAGGAUUCCAGCAACGAGAGGAAAGUAGAUGUCAUUCACAGACGUCUCCAUAAGGACAUCCUCCACAACCCUGUGGUCAUGUUGAACUUUUGCCCUGACCUCAAGUCUAUCAGCUCGGACCUGAGACAGGUUCAUGGCGAGUUUAUCUUCCUCAUUGACCGCAGUGGCAGCAUGAGCGGGGUUAACAUCAACCGUGUGAAGGAUGCCAUGGUGGUGAUUCUCAAGAGCCUCGUGCCAGGCUGCCUCUUUAACAUCGUAGGCUUCGGCUCCACAUUCAAAUCACUGUUCACAACCAGCCAGAACUAUGAGGAGGAAGCUCUGACCCUGGCUUGUGAGUAUGUUAGAAAGAUCAGGGCGGACAUGGGGGGGACCAACAUCCUGGAACCGCUCAACUGGAUCCUGAGGCAGCCAAAGUUCAGCGGACACCCCCGCCUGCUAUUCCUGCUCACGGAUGGGGCCGUCAGCAACACGGGCAAAGUUAUCGAGCUGAUCCGCAGCCAUGCACGCUACAUUAGAUGUUUUACGUUCGGCAUAGGACAGAAUGCUUGCAGGAGGCUGGUGCAGGGACUGGCGACAGUUUCCAAAGGAACGGCAGAGUUCCUGGCUGACGGAGAGAGGCUGCAGCCCAAGAUGAUAAAGUCCCUGAAGAAAACCAUGUCCCCAGUGCUCAGUGACAUUUCCAUCGAAUGGCUUUUUCCUGAGACCAAAGAGGUGCUGCUGUCCCCUGUGGGCAACACCUUCCUGUUUCCAGGGGACAGUCUGAUUGGCUACAGUGUGGUUUGUGACACCACCCGCUACCACGCCAACCCCAAAUCUGAUAAGAGGAGGCGAUACAGCAUGAUGCGUUCUGUCGAGUCAGCCAGCUCUGUGUUUUACCACUCUCAAGAAGAGGACUCUGUGAAGACAGGUGUGGACAACCAGGGGUCCUACAGGGAAGCAGUUUCUGGCCCUAUUUAUGACUCCUACCAGGACUCCAUGAUAGACAGCAGCCCUGCCACCACAGAGCAAGACGCCUUGGGGUUGGAUAGCAAAACAUCUCCAAGAAGGCGCGCAUACAGUACCAACCAGAUAGCAGACUACAACCCUGCAAAGAAGGUCUACACCCCCAGUGAUCCCAGUUCUGUGGUGGCAAAGAAUCCACUGAGGAGAGCCAAAGUCCAGGAGCUGAUAGGCCAGAUGAGCCCUGAGCACGAGGCGCAGUGGAGGAAUGACUACCAGCCACAGCUGGCAAGCCUUUGUGCCACAUCUUCCAGAGGGCGUCCUGCCAGCUGUCACCCGCCGCUCCCUCAACAGGAGCUGAUUCUGCAGCAGGAAGCCGACUCAGAGCCUCAUUUCCAUUCCCAGCCUCAGGAAAACCUUCAACUCGGCGGCGCCGGCGCUCCGCCUGCAGUUCGCAACACAGCAGGGGAAGAUGGAUCCAGAUCGUCCACCGACAGCCCAUCUCUGGGCAGCGUCGGAGAUACGGAUGGUUAUGGACAUCAGUUAUGUCAAGCAGAAACCCCACAGGAGAGCCGCACUUCAGAUCUGGGUGCAGCCAACCAGCACAAAGGUGACUGCAAGGCUGUGGUGUCCGGACUGUUGUGUGGGAAACCGUUGAAGUGGGAGGUCGUCUUUGACAUCGAGCCCUUCCUGAAUGGCCGAGAACGUGAGGAAAAGGUUCACGAGGAACUGUGGAAUGAGACUUUUCACCACCUGGCUGCACGCUCCAUCAUACAAGACUUUGAGCACAUGGUGGAUAAGGAGUGCGAGAUCGAGCAUGGCUCUGGGAGGAAGUACCAGCUAUAUGCUAUUCACACCAGCAAGGCCUGCAAUAUACUGAGCAAAUACACAGCGUUUAUCCCCAUCGACCUGGACACUAAUGAGUAUUUGCAGACAAGUAUUGAAUACAUAAACCCUGGUGAAAGUGUGAAGAAGGGCUCGCACUCCAGUUCUCGCUCAAGCAGCAGGAAGAACAAAGCAUACUCCAUUGGACUGGGUCGCUCUCAGUCUGGCGGCAUGUCUGAGGAAGCUGAAGAUGCCCUGCUGGCCAACAAUGCAGAGGAUGGUGUCUCCCCAUGCAGCACCCCCUCCUCCUCUGGCUGGGAGAGAUGUAGCUUUGCAGAGGUCUCCCAAAGGAGUCCCUCAGUGACCUCUGACCAAUCACAGAAAUCAGUGGAGAGCCUAUUUUCUGCCAGGCUGGCCCUCAGCAGGACUCGCCUCCUGACUCGAGCUGCCAAAGGAUUCAUGUGUCGAUCUCACAGCAAGUCCGGUGAUUCAAUUGGAGAGAGCGAAAACGAGAACAAAGACUACAUUCCUGUGGUGUUGUUGCAGUUGGCAAGUGGUGCAUUUCCCUUGGACACGGCUCUGUGUGAUGCCAUUAACGUGCCCAUGGACAAGCUGAAGUGGACGUCCCCCUUCAGCAGCCACCGCUCCAGCCUGGGCCACUUGUCUCAUUCCAGCAGCCGCCGUGCUGAGAGUGCCGAUGACGGAUGCAGAUCACCAUGCGAGCCAGAACCAUAUCAGCAACCUGCAGAGCACACUGCAGGCAUCCACAGCCCUCUACAUCUGUCCAGGAGUGGCUGGGUGGUAGAUACUGGUCCUUCCUCAAUAGGCAGUACAUCCACCACUGCUGAGCCCCAGCUCUUCCACCACUCCCAGGUGGACAGUGGACGGGGCUCUGGGUCAGGGGGCUUGGAAACGGCAUCGCCAGGGUCGGUGCAAAAGAGGAUGCUGGAUCCAGAGAGCAUGGUGUGGGCCACAGCUGUGGCCCUCGCCUGGCUGGAGCACAGCUCUGCCAGUUAUUUCAUAGAGUGGGAAAUGAUAGCCGCCAAGGCUAGUAUGUGGUUGAACGCACAGGACAUCCCAGAAGGUCGAGACUUAGCCUCCAUCAAGGCUGCUGCCAACCAGCUCUUCAUCAUUCUCAGACACUGGGAUGAAAACCUGCAACUGAACAUGCUCUGUUACAACCCUAACAGUGUCUGAGGCUGCUGGUCCAACAAGUACUCAAUUCCGUAUGAUACUAUGCUAACUGAGGGUGUACUAUUCUAUGUUGAGCAGUAUGUCCUCUGGAGUCUGAUAUUGCUGUUGCAGUUGUGAACAAUGUGUGUUUCCUCUGUUAGUGUGCUUUUCCUCUAAACAUAUCACAAGCUUUUCAGAGGUACUAUGUGCAAGCUAUUACCUCGCUGGUGCCAUAUUCUGUAGCUGGAUCCCUGUUAGCAAGGGAGCUAAUCUGAGUUGUGCCACAGAUUUUAAUUUCAUGGAGAAGAACAUCAGUAUUAAAUUAGUAGCAUGCUGGAUUACUGACCAUCAACAUCUGGGAAAAGCUCUCUCACUGUCAUCAUAUUGAUGUUAUGGGCAUAAUGCUGCAAAACAGUUGUAAGAGAAAACUGUUCCUCCGAUUGACACAUACUGUUAUGACAUCCUUACAGCAUUUCCUGAAUUGAUUGUAUUGUGGAAAAAAUGUGACAUGGCAACAUUUGCGUACUUCCUAGCAGUACUGCCUGUUUUUUCUAAUACCUGUUACCAUUACACUGUUAGUAAUAUUUGCCAUUUUUGCUGUUUGAUUAUAGCAGAGACAGAAAAAUAUGCAAAGAGCUAAAGAAAAUACUAAAUAUAAUAUCAGAAAUUGGUUAAAAAAUAUGUGGAAUCUACAAAUGUGCAUCCCACUAGCAUGUUGUUUAAUGUUUAUUAUUAAUGAUACAUGCAGUUUAUAUUUUUUCACUUUUCUGUAUACCUGUCUUAGACUAGAGGUUUUGAUCAUGCAGUAGUUGUUUGAUUCAGUGUGAGUAAAAGACCUGAAGGCGGUUGCACCAUCUGUUUGUUGUUCAAAGUUCAAAAUUAGCAUAACUGUAAGCUAAAUGUUGGGGGGGGGGCACCACACAAACCAGUUUUUACGUAAAGAUUAAUGAAUAUUUAAUUAAUGGGAAUGAAUAAACUGCCAGGUGGAAUUCUUGCGUAGCAAUCUAAACCACAUGACAAAGCUGAUGUUAGCUUGUUAAGAUGCUACCUGUUUAGACUGCGGCUGUCACAAUAUUGGACUGUCACUACAAGAUUAUUGCAUCCAAAAGAAACCACGGUAACAACAGUGUCACUAUAUCUAUAGAAAAUUUGAAAAAAUCAGUCAACUUCAUUUUUAAUGAGCCGUCAACUAAAGAAAAGGCAGAUCUUAUGUGUUGUCGAAAGUUGUGAGCUUGUAUAGUCGCCCCACCAGAGACUCUUGGGAGUCCAUGUCUGUCCAAGAUUCAUCAGGUUGCUGCUGUAGAAAAUUAAAGGCUUACUUUCCUGUUCAUAAUAACUUGCAGUUGGGGCGGAUUGAGGUUCGUUUUAUAGGUUCUCACUAUAAAACAAACUUCACCAGAGCUUGACAGUGGACCAAGAUCCACCUUUUCAGGAGAUCUUGGCACAGUUGUUUGGUGGGCACUGGGGAUCGACUGACAGCCUUCACACCAGCCCAGUUGAAGUCCACUAACUGAAAAUGUUUUUGAGUUUGUUUUAACUGAAGCAAACAGGUUAAGUGUGAAAGCUCUUCCUGUUUAAUUUCAUAAGUCAGUUGGAAACUAGCUAGCAGUUAAGAACUUCGGGAGUAAGAUAGAUAAACGAACGUAGUAAUAGAUUUACUCACAGCUGGUGCAACCCAGUUCUCAGGAAUGUGGGCAGCGAUCAACAGUCCAACUCUGGGAAUCAGAGAGGCAAGAACCGUGCUAGUUCUGUCACGCUCACAGCUCAUUUACCGCAAGUGCCUAACCAAGGUUUAUCGUCAGCAGAAAAUGUAGAUCAGUUCACCGCCGUUUAAUCAGUGUGGGUAAUGAAUGUUUGUUUUCCUUAAAUAUACAGCAGGUACCUUUGUUUCUUUCUUAAUGUUUUUUUUUUUUUUUUUAUCUGUGUGGUGACUUUCAGUAUUGAUUUUCCGUUUGUACUCCAUUACAGUUGUUGCUUUACUCAGGUAUUUAUUAAUUUUCUUCACUCAGGCUGAGUUGCAUAAAUCUUUCUGCAUGAACGCAGGUGUUUAUGUUAUGAUGUUUGAAUUGCCACACUGGAGCCAGUAGCACAGUAUUUUGCUCUGUGAAGUUAGAAAUACAGUAGAUGCUAUCUAGCGAUACUUUUUGUGCUGUAAUUGCAGUAGUAAGUGCAGCUGUAACUGUCGUAUUUUUAUGGGUCAAUUAUAUAGUGCCGUAUCUUUCAACUUGCUGUGUGUGCCUUUAUAAUGAUUGUCCACUGUUUCAGGUUGUUGAAAGCUUUUGUAGUGUCUUUAUGACUGUCAGUGUAUGAUCUGCUCUAAAGGUGCAUGUAAUAAAAUAAUUCUACAACCAAGGUUCUAUUCCCGUUAUUGCCCCACUGUUACAAACAAAGGGGUACAUUAAGGAUUGAUGCUUGGACCUCCAGUCUUGGUGAGAUUGUUGAUUCACACGGUUUUUGUUACUGUUGCUACGCUGAUGAUACCC